GAGUCGUGAGAAUUUCUGAGUAUUUUUUGUGAAGUUUGGUGUACGAGUCUUGAACACUGCUAGAUAAGAUCUCAACGACAGCAUCAGAACAAGAGGCUUUGUGCCGUCGCCAAGAAUGGCAAACAAGGGGAGAAUACCCAUCACUCUGCUGGGGAUAACUCUGUGGCUUUUGACCUUCGUGACGUCAGCCAAUGCCGGACACGUGUGCACCAUCAACGAAGACCAGCACACGACGGAGACUCACCCCUGUAACGAAAUCAUCAAGUGGAUCACGAUGACCUCUGAGACCACCCGGAUAUCGUUCUUGGGUGCCGCGGACGGAUCAGACGUGCCGGACCUUGUCAACCCCACCGCCAUGUGCCUCUACCAGAGAUCUCAAAGCGUCCCAAAGACAAUUUGCUGUAAAGGUUGGACUGGCGAAAACUGCAACCAACCCGUGUGCAGCCCACCGUGUGUCAAUGGAGGCCAGUGUGUCGAGACAGAGACCUACGACACAGCACUGCCCAAAUGUGCCUGUCCUAGUCCUUUCACUGGACGGGCCUGUGAAGAAAAUCUAGACACACUGAAGAGCGGCCUGAUGUACUGCUACAGGGGCAAUAACUGCCAGGGUAACCUGACUAGCCUGGCUGCUAUGGAGAUCUCUAGGUGCUGUGUGGACGGCUUCUCUGGUUCCUGGGGCAGCCAGACCACCGCAUACGGAUGUGUUCCUUGUAGCCCUACCCAAACUGUCAAGUAUGUCAACAACCUGGACAGCGCCACCUGCAUGACAUCUGGAGAUGACAUCUACCGCACGUUCGACAAUGUGCUGUUCAAGUACAGCACGCUGUGUGCUGUUGGUCUUCUGGUCACGCCCACCAUCGACAUCUACACCGUGACAGAGUGUGAUCCUCUAGACGAGUGCUCGUGCUAUAAGAUCAUCACAAUAAUCCUACACGGCGAACCAACCUACACCUACACCCUGGAGGGGACGAUAUUAACAGUGGCAGACGGUACAACAACAGACAGCUAUGACGCUGCCAAACUUCCAGACAAAACCCCAACGGCUUUGGAUAAGAAUGGUAAUUUGAUCUGGAAAAUGGAUCAUGACGUGAAGACCAUCUACCUGAGCUUCAUCUCCCUGGGUGUGGAGAUCCGGGCUGAGGCUGACGGCACCCUUAUGCUGACCAUCAAGAAAAACUCCAUACUGGUGGGCAGUAUUGCUGGAGUCUGUGGGGACAUGGAUGGCUAUUCGGAUGAUGAGUUUGGACUCCUAACCCCAAUGGGAGCUCAGAGAAUCUUUGAACUGUACAGCAACCCAAACCUUCCAUGCGGCAAAGGAAUCUUUAAAUGUGCCACACCCGAUGCCACAGCAAAAGCUAGUGAAGCGUGUCAGGCUCUCACGACCGUCUUCUACAGGUGCCAUUCGUCCGUGGACGUGGACUUCUACACAGAGAGGUGCCGGUCAGCCUACUGCACGUCUUUAAGUGCCGGGGGAGUGGAGGCUGCCACCAAGGCCGUGUGCAAUGUCCUGUCCACCUACCACAAGGUCUGCAGCAUGAUAUCAGGGGAGGCUAUAGCCUGGAGAACCUCGUCCCUCUGUCCGAAAACGUGCAACCAGCCGUUCCAGUUUAAUGGUCUGAUCGUCAACAAGUGUCCACUGACCUGCGGAGCCUCACUCUACUCCUACACAAGAAGCUCGUGCCGUACUCAGCCGUACGGGGGGUGUGAGUGUCCGGAAGGUCAAGCUAGGAUCAACAACACAUGUGUCGCACCUGACGCUUGUCAGUGUAAAGGGGACGAUGGGCGGUACUACAACAAUGGUGACGUCAUUGAGUCUGGAGACCACUGUAAAACCUGCAAAUGUGGACACCUGGGCCUGUGGGAGUGCAGUGAGAGCCCAGACAGGUGCUCGUCCACCUGCACCGUCCUGGGCGGCAGCUACGUCAGGACGUUCGACGGACGGAUGUUCGGGAUAGAGAACUCUUGUGGGGAGCUCACUUUAGCUCAGGGUCAAGACCUAAAGAUCGUGUUUGGGACACUGUCCAGCAGUACUGACGAGAACGGAGAAAACAUCACUCCGUCUUUUGUCAAUGUUGAGUACCAGGGCAUCAAGUCCAGACUGGAAGUCUCCAAAUCUUCCUCGCAAAUAGAAAACGGCUUUUCUCCUAGGAUCAACAUUAGGCAAGUGGCUAAAAAUACUUUUGUUAUUGACAUCAAUGGCGGAAAAAUUCGCAUGUAUCUGUUUCGUGAUGGUUCUCUGUACUUGAAGAUGAAGACUACUAGUUUUAGAGGCAAAGUCCUGGGUCUAUGUGGCAAUAUGGACAAUAACAAGGACAACGACUUUUUGUCGCCGUCCAACUCUGUGAUGGAGAGCUCCGAGUUCCUCAAGCUGUACACCACAUGUCGUGAGGCUGUAUACUCGGAACUGGCACAGACCACCCCGGAUCCGGUUUGUUUCGCCCUCAACAACAUCCGUCUGCCUACCAACUCCAGGCUUGACCUUGACAGCUACGUCAAGAUGUGCAGCAACGCCCCCAACGAGGUCGUCCGAUGUGCCGUCCUGCAGUCGUUUGCCUUUGCCGCCAACAUCAACUUCCAAACAGCCUUUAGUGACGUAGGCUCAUGCUCGGACACGACUUGCCCUAGAAGAAAGAUCAACGUCUGCGACGCCAACUGUAACGACCACCUGUUUAAGGACUGCGAGCCGGAGACCAUCUACAGCUGCGGCUGUCCGGAGGGGCAGUAUGUCAACAAGCAAGGUCAAUGUGUGGCCUUGAACCAGUGCGGCUGCUGCGACUUCACCAACCCUGACAGGUGUUACCUGCCUAAUGAGGAGUUCAUGCACGGCUGUAGGGAAUGUGUCUGCAACGGGAGUGAGCUAGUGUGCGACCACAACUGUGAACAGGUGAUCUGUGCCAACUCCCAGGUCUCAAAGAGUGACCUGCUCGCCAAGAUCGCAGACCCGACAUGUGCCAGAAAGAUGUGCCCUAAACCUUACUACGCCGAGGCCGAGUGUUUGAACGUUGCGACAAGUUCACAGUUGUGUUUUUGUGGACAGGGAUACAAGCAGACACAAACCGGAUCGUGCGUACAAAAAUGUCCUUGCUAUGAAGCGGGGAAAUGGUACAAUGACGGUGAGAGCUUUGAAAAGAAUUGCCAGACCAAAGUUUGUAGAGAUGGUAUCUUUGAGGUGGACUCGCAAAGAACAGUGACUUGUACAGGCACCUGUGUACUGAGCGGCUCCUCCAUGAAACUGAAACCUUUCGAUGCUGCCACCUUCAGUGACUUCUCCAUCGAUGGGACCUGCGAGUACUACGCCCUCAAGGCCGGAUCUCUGGUCGUUAGGAUAAGACCCAUGCGCUGCGGUAGCAAGAAAACAGCCUGUAUGUUUAUGAUCAACAUCGAUACGGCCUACCUGAGUGACCCGAUUCUCCUGCGGUCAACUGACCCUGGCACUGUCAUGGUGGGGAACAAAGAGUACAGGAAGAACGUGGGGCCCAACAUCAAAAUCAUCGACAACAACUACCAGUACACCGCUAAAAUUAGCGACGAGGUGGCGAUAACAUGGAACAAAGGAUUGUCAUUGUCUAUCGAAGUGGCGAGUAAAUUGUUCAACCAGACCUCUGGCCUAUGUGGCAACUUCAACAUGGAUGCCUCAGAUGACAACGUUGGAAGCGAUAGUCUUCAGAAAGAAACCUUAAGCAAAUUUGCUAAGAGCUGGAUUGUCAACCAGGAUGAGUGCACCAUGACUGAGGAGCAGACGGUUGCUUCCUGUGAGGGUUCCCCUCGAGAGGCAUGGUCACAAAAAUCAUGUCAAGUUAUUUUGGAAGGAGAAGCUUUUGCUCAAUGCAGAAAACAAGGUGGAGCUGUCAGUUUUUAUGACAACUGUGUUGCCCAGUCAUGCAAUUGUGAUAUUGGUGGUGACUGUGAGUGUCUCUGUGAUGCUAUUGGUGCCUAUGCUGCACAUUGUAACAGAAUUGGAGCCCCUGCUCGCUGGAGACAUCAGAGACUAUGUCCAAUGCAAUGUGAUGAUGGCAGUAUUUAUGAGCCUUGUGGCAGUGUAUGUCCUGAGUCAUGUGAGAACCCAGCAAAUGGCACAGACAGCCUUUGUUCAUCUCUCACUUGUGUUGAAGGUUGCUUCUGUCCUGAAGGCUAUGUCAGAUCAGAUGUUGACAACAUGGAAACAUCAACUUGUAUUAAAAAAUCUGAAUGCCCAUGUAUUGAUGAACAUGGUCAAACAAUCCCACAAGGGGAGUCUGCAAUAAUCAAUUGUCAAGACUGUGAAUGCAUAGAUGGAGAGCUUCUGUGUACUGGUGACACAUGUAUAAAUGAAUGUAAGGAGGAUGAAUUCCGAUGUAAUGAUGGACACUGCCUAAAUGACAAGCUGAAAUGUAACGGAGUUCCUGAGUGUAAAGAUGGUGGUGACGAGCUUGAAUGUUCAGGAGAGAUCUGCUCUGGCUUCAGCUGUAACAACGGACAGUGUGUGGGAAACCAGACUGUCUGCAAUCAAAUAACUGACUGCAUGGAUGGCUCAGAUGAGGACAAAUGUGAUAUUGAAUGUCCGAAUGGGUCCUACAAAUGUCCUGAAAGUAACUAUUGCAUAGAUGAGUCUUUUCUUUGUGAUGGGAAUCUAGACUGUUGGUACGGUGAAGAUGAACUUGAUUGUCAGCCCUGUCCUCACAAUGAAACACAUUGUAACCAAACCUACUGCAUACCUAAAGACUACCACUGUGAUGGUCAUGAUGACUGUGGGGAUGGAUCUGAUGAAAUUGGCUGUGUGACACCUUCUACUACUACCAUUAGGGAAGUAGAAUGUGAAUAUACUCUAACACACUUCACACGGCCAUCACAGUGGCUUGUAAUUCAAAGCAGCUCUGUCUUUGUUGAUAACAUAUUUCUGGAAAGUGGCUGGAAGCCUAAUGGUGGAACAGAAAACCCAUUAGUGUUUUCUGUUGUUAGUUCAGUUCCAGCAACUCUUGUACAAGUUGGUUUUGUGCUCAACAAUGGUAUAGGCUCCAACGUUACCGUAACAGUUGUCUCAAGUGAAGGGAAUGUUCUGGUUGAUACUCAUCACAUAACUUCAAAUCCAAUGGAAUUCACAGGCCAAUACAAUGUUAUCUUUGAUUAUUUCUCCAUUGUGACAGACGCUAACAUAUCAUCAUUUUACGUGGAUGUCUGCUAUGAACCAACAACAUUGACAACAACAACUCCAUUCACUUCAACAAGUAUAUUCGAUAACUGCACUCUUGGCUACUGCAAUGGUGAAUGUUUAGAUGAUUUUGACAAUGUUUGCAGUUCACCUUGUCCACCAAGUGAUUGCUUUACAACACCAAACAGAACAGUGGAAACUAUUGUAACUCCUCCUCCUCCUGGUUCACCAAGCACACCUGGAUCAUCAAGCACACCUGGAUCACCAAGCACACCUGAAUCAUCAAGCACACCUGGAUCAUCAAGCACACCUGGAUCAUCAGGUACACCAGGUUCUUCAAGCACACCUGAAUCAUCAAGCACACCUGAAUCAUCAAGCACACCAGGCUCAUCUAGUACACCACCAUCAACAAGCACACCUGGUUCAUCAAGCACACCUGGUUCUUUAAGCACACCUGGCUCUUCAAGCACACCUGGAUCAUCAAGCACACCAGAUGAUUGCUUGCUUGGCUUCUGUAAUGGAGUUUGUUUAGAUGAUUUUGAACAUCCUUGUCUCUCUCCCUGUCCACCAGCUGACUGCUUUACAAGUCCAGAUACAACAGUAGAAACAGUUAUCACUCCUUCAAGUACAACUAUAAUACCAAGUACACAAGUGUCAUCAAGUACACCUGGAUCAUCUAGCACACCUGGAUCAUCUAGCACACCUGGAUCAUCUAGCACACCUGGAUCAUCUAGCACACCUGGGUCAUCUAACACACCUGGAUCAUCUAGCACACCUGGAUCAUCUAGCACACCUGGGUCAUCUAGCACACCUGGAUCAUCUAGCACACCUGGGUCAUCUAGCACACCUGAAUCACAAAGCACACCCCCUUUAAAUGAUUGCUUGCUUGGCUUCUGUAAUGGAGUUUGUUUAGAUGAUUUUGAACAUCCUUGUCUCUCUCCCUGUCCACCAGCUGACUGCUUUACUCCAGAUACAACAAUACAAACAGUUAUCACACCAUCAUCUACAACUGCAACACCAAAUACUCAAAUCACUUCAAGCAUACCAGGCCAAUCUAGUACACCAGGAUCAUCAAGCACACCUGGCUCAUCUAGUAAACCAGGAUCAUCAAGCACACCAGGAUCAUCUAGUACACCUGGCUCAUCUAGUACACCAGGAUCAUCAAGUACACCCGGAACAUCAGGAAUCACACCUGGUUCAUCAAGUACACCUGGUUCUUCAAGCACACCUGGCUCAUCUAGUACACCUGGCUCAUCAAGUACACCAGGAUCAUCUAGUACACCCGGAACAUCAGGAAUCACACCUGGCUCAUCAAGUACACCUGGCUCUUCAAGCACACCUGGCUCAUCUAGUACACCAGGAUCAUCAAGCACACCAGGAUCUUCUAGUACACCUGGCUCAUCUAGUACACCAGGAUCAUCAAGCACAACAGGAUCUUCUAGUACACCUGGCUCAUCAAGUACACCAGGAUCAUCUAGUACACCCGGAACAUCAGCAAUCACACCUGGCUCAUCUAGUACACCAGGAUCAUCAAGCACACCAGGAUCAUCAAGCACAUCAGGAUCAUCUAGUACACCACCAUCAACAAGCACACCUGUUUCAUCAAGUACUCCAGGCACUUCAACCACACCUGCAUCUUCAAGCACACCAGGCUCAUCUAGUACACCACCAUCAAUAAGCACACCUGGUUCAUCAAGUACACCUGGUUCUUCAAGCACACCUGGCUCAUCUAGUACACCAGGAUCAUCAAGCACACCAGGAACUUCUAGUACAGCUGGCUCAUCUAGUACACCACCAUCAACAAGCACACCUGGUUCAUCUAGUACACCAGGAUCAUUAAGCACACCAGGAUCAUCUAGUACACCAGGCUCAUCAAGUACACCAGGAUCAUCAAGCCCACCUGGUUCGUCAGUCACACCAAGUACACCACAAUCAACAAGCACACCCGUUUCAUCAAGUACUCCAGGCACUUCAACCACACCUGGCACUUCAACCACACCUGCAUCUUCAAGCACACCAGGCUCAUCUAGUACACCACCAUCAACAAGCACACCUGGUUCAUCAAGUACACCUGGUUCUUCAAGCACACCUGGCUCAUCUAGUACACCAGGAUCAUCAAGCACACCAGGAUCAUCUAGUACACCAGGCUCAUCAAGUACACCAGGAUCAUCAAGCACACCUGGUUCGUCAGUCACACCAAGUACACCACAAUCAACAAGCACACCCGUUUCAUCAAGUACUCCAGGCACUUCAACCACACCUGCAUCUUCAAGCACACCAGGCUCAUCUAGUACACCACCAUCAACAAGCACACCUGGUUCAUCAAGUACACCUGGUUCUUCAAGCACACCUGGCUCAUCUAGUACACCAGGAUCAUCAAGCACACCAGGAUCAUCUAGUACACCAGGCUCAUCAAGUACACCAGGAUCAUCAAGCACACCUGGUUCGUCAGUCACACCAAGUACACCACAAUCAACAAGCACACCCGUUUCAUCAAGUACUCCAGGCACUUCAACCACACCUGCAUCUUCAAGCACACCAGGCUCAUCUAGUACACCACCAUCAACAAGCACACCUGGUUCAUCAAGUACACCUGGUUCUUCAAGCACACCUGGCUCAUCUAGUACACCAGGAUCAUCAAGCACACCAGGAUCAUCUAGUACACCAGGCUCAUCAAGUACACCAGGAUCAUCAAGCACACCUGGUUCGUCAGUCACACCAAGUAUACCACAAUCAACAAGCACACCCGUUUCAUCAAGUACUCCAGGCACUUCAACCACACCUGCAUCUUCAAGCACACCAGGCUCAUCUAGUACACCACCAUCAACAAGCACACCUGGUUCAUCAAGUACACCUGGUUCUUCAAGCACACCUGGCUCAUCUAGUACACCAGGAUCAUCAAGCACACCAGGAUCAUCUAGUACACCAGGCUCAUCAAGUACACCAGGCUCAUCUAGUACACCUGGCUCAUCUAGUACACCAGGAUCAUCAAGUACACCCGGAACAUCAGGAAUCACACCUGGUUCAUCAAGUACACCUGGUUCUUCAAGCACACCUGGCUCAUCUAGUACACCAGGAUCAUCAAGCACACCAGGAUCAUCUAGUACACCAGGAUCAUCAAGCACACCAGGCUCAUCUAGUACACCUGGCUCAUCUAGUACACCAGGAUCAUCAAGUACACCCGGAACAUCAGGAAUCACACCUGGUUCAUCAAGUACACCUGGUUCUUCAAGCACACCUGGCUCAUCUAGUACACCUGGCUCAUCAAGUACACCAGGAUCAUCUAGUACACCCGGAACAUCAGGAAUCACACCUGGUUCAUCAAGUACACCUGGCUCUUCAAGCACACCUGGCUCAUCUAGUACACCAGGAUCAUCAAGCACACCAGGAUCUUCUAGUACACCUGGCUCAUCUAGUACACCAGGAUCAUCAAGCACAACAGGAUCUUCUAGUACACCUGGCUCAUCAAGUACACCAGGAUCAUCUAGUACACCCGGAACAUCAGCAAUCACACCUGGCUCAUCUAGUACACCAGGAUCAUCAAGCACACCAGGAUCAUCAAGCACAUCAGGAUCAUCUAGUACACCACCAUCAACAAGCACACCUGUUUCAUUAAGUACUCCAGGCACUUCAACCACACCUGCAUCUUCAAGCACACCAGGCUCAUCUAGUACACCUGGCUCAUCUAGUACACCAGGAUCAUCAAGUACACCCGGAACAUCAGGAAUCACACCUGGUUCAUCAAGUACACCUGGUUCUUCAAGCACACCUGGCUCAUCUAGUACACCAGGAUCAUCAAGCACACCAGGAUCAUCUAGUACACCAGGAUCAUCAAGCACACCAGGCUCAUCUAGUACACCUGGCUCAUCUAGUACACCAGGAUCAUCAAGUACACCCGGAACAUCAGGAAUCACACCUGGUUCAUCAAGUACACCUGGCUCUUCAAGCACACCUGGCUCAUCUAGUACACCAGGAUCAUCAAGCACACCAGGAUCUUCUAGUACACCUGGCUCAUCUAGUACACCAGGAUCAUCAAGCACAACAGGAUCUUCUAGUACACCUGGCUCAUCAAGUACACCAGGAUCAGCUAGUACACCCGGAACAUCAGCAAUCACACCUGGCUCAUCUAGUACACCAGGAUCAUCAAGCACACCAGGAUCAUCAAGCACAUCAGGAUCAUCAAGCACACCUGGUUCGUCAGUCACACCAAGUACACCACCAUCAACAAGCACACCUGUUUCAUCAAGUACUCCAGGCACUUCAACCACACCUGCAUCUUCAAGCACACCAGGCUCAUCUAGUACACCACCAUCAAUAAGCACACCUGGUUCAUCAAGUACACCUGGUUCUUCAAACACACCUGGCUCAUCUAGUACACCAGGAUUAUCAAGCACACCAGGAACUUCUAGUACACCUGGCUCAUCUAGUACACCACCAUCAACAAGCACACUUGGUUCAUCUAGUACACCAGGAUCAUCAAGCACACCAGGAUCAUCUAGUACACCAGGCUCAUCAAGUACACCAGGAUCAUCAAGCACACCUGGUUCGUCAGUCACACCAAGUACACCACAAUCAACAAGCACACCCGUUUCAUCAAGUACUCCAGGCACUUCAACCACACCUGCAUCUUCAAGCACACCAGGCUCAUCUAGUACACCACCAUCAACAAGCACACCUGGUUCAUCAAGUACACCUGUCACACCAAGUACACCACAAUCAACAAGCACACCCGUUUCAUCAAGUACUCCAGGCACUUCAACCACACCUGCAUCUUCAAGCACACCAGGCUCAUCUAGUACACCACCAUCAACAAGCACACCUGGUUCAUCAAGUACACCUGGUUCUUCAAGCACACCUGGCUCAUCUAGUACACCAGGAUCAUCAAGCACACCAGGAUCAUCUAGUACACCAGGCUCAUCAAGUACACCAGGAUCAUCAAGCACACCUGGUUCGUCAGUCACACCAAGUACACCACAAUCAACAAGCACACCCGUUUCAUCAAGUACUCCAGGCACUUCAACCACACCUGCAUCUUCAAGCACACCAGGCUCAUCUAGUACACCACCAUCAACAAGCACACCUGGUUCAUCAAGUACACCUGGUUCUUCAAGCACACCUGGCUCAUCUAGUACACCAGGAUCAUCAAGCACACCAGGAUCAUCUAGUACACCAGGCUCAUCAAGUACACCAGGAUCAUCAAGCACACCUGGUUCGUCAGUCACACCAAGUACACCACAAUCAACAAGCACACCCGUUUCAUCAAGUUCUCCAGGCACUUCAACCACACCUGCAUCUUCAAGCACACCAGGCUCAUUCACAUCUACAACCUCUGAAUUUUUUACUACUCUUGAAACAUUUUCUCCAACUUAUCCUUUUCAAACUACUACACCAACGCUUAUAACACCUUUAUUUUCCACCACUGGUCAAUUACCAGGCUCAUCUAGUACACCACCAUCAACAAGCACACCUGGUUCAUCAAGUACACCUGGUUCUUCAAGCACACCUGGCUCAUCAAGUACACCAGGAUCAUCAAGCACACCAGGAUCAUCUAGUACACCAGGCUCAUCAAGUACACCAGGAUCAUCAAGCACACCUGGUUCGUCAGUCACACCAAGUACACCACAAUCAACAAGCACACCCGUUUCAUCAAGUACUCCAGGCACUUCAACCACACCUGCAUCUUCAAGCACACCAGGCUCAUCUAGUACACCACCAUCAACAAGCACACCUGGUUCAUCAAGUACACCUGGUUCUUCAAGCACACCUGGCUCAUCUAGUACACCAGGAUCAUCAAGCACACCAGGAUCAUCUAGUACACCAGGCUCAUCAAGUACACCAGGAUCAUCAAGCACACCUGGUUCGUCAGUCACACCAAGUACACCACAAUCAACAAGCACACCCGUUUCAUCAAGUACUCCAGGCACUUCAACCACACCUGCAUCUUCAAGCACACCAGGCUCAUCUAGUACACCACCAUCAACAAGCACACCUGGUUCAUCAAGUACACCUGGUUCUUCAAGCACACCUGGCUCAUCUAGUACACCAGGAUCAUCAAGCACACCAGGAUCAUCUAGUACACCAGGCUCAUCAAGUACACCAGGAUCAUCAAGCACACCUGGUUCGUCAGUCACACCAAGUACACCACAAUCAACAAGCACACCCGUUUCAUCAAGUACUCCAGGCACUACACCACAAUCAACAAGCACACCCGUUUCAUCAAGUACUCCAGGCACUUCAACCACACCUGCAUCUUCAAGCACACCAGGCUCAUCUAGUACUCCACCAUCAACAAGCACACCUGGUUCAUCAAGUACACCUGGUUCUUCAAGCACACCUGGCUCAUCUAGUACACCAGGAUCAUCAAGCACACCAGGAUCAUCUAGUACACCAGGCUCAUCAAGUACACCAGGAUCAUCAAGCACACCUGGUUUGUCAGUCACACCAAGUACACCACAAUCAACAAGCACACCCGUUUCAUCAAGUACUCCAGGCACUUCAACCACACCUGCAUCUUCAAGCACACCAGGCUCAUCUAGUACACCACCAUCAACAAGCACACCUGGAUCAUCAAGUACACCUGGUUCUUCAAGCACACCUGGCUCAUCUAGUACACCAGGAUCAUCAAGCACACCAGGAUCAUCUAGUACACCAGGCUCAUCAAGUACACCAGGAUCAUCAAGCACACCUGGUUCGUCAGUCACACCAAGUACACCACAAUCAACAAGCACACCCGUUUCAUCAAGUACUCCAGGCACUUCAACCACACCUGCAUCUUCAAGCACACCAGGCUCAUCUAGUACACCACCAUCAACAAGCACACCUGGUUCAUCAAGUACACCUGGUUCUUCAAGCACACCUGGCUCAUCUAGUACACCAGGAUCAUCAAGCACACCAGGAUCAUCUAGUACACCAGGCUCAUCAAGUACACCAGGAUCAUCAAGCACACCUGGUUCGUCAGUCACACCAAGUACACCACAAUCAACAAGCACACCCGUUUCAUCAAGUACUCCAGGCACUUCAACCACACCUGCAUCUAGCACACCCGUUUCAUCAAGUACUCCAGGCACUUCAACCACACCUGCAUCUUCAAGCACACCAGGCUCAUCUAGUACACCACCAUCAACAAGCACACCUGGCUCAUCUAGUACACCAGGAUCAUCAAGCACACCAGGAUCAUCUAGUACACCAGGCUCAUCAAGUACACCAGGAUCAUCAAGCACACCUGGUUCGUCAGUCACACCAAGUACACCACAAUCAACAAGCACACCCGUUUCAUCAAGUACUCCAGGCACUUCAACCACACCUGCAUCUUCAAGCACACCAGGCUCAUCUAGUACACCACCAUCAACAAGCACACCUGGUUCAUCAAGUACACCUGGUUCUUCAAGCACACCUGGCUCAUCUAGUACACCAGGAUCAUCAAGCACACCAGGAUCAUCUAGUACACCAGGCUCAUCAAGUACACCAGGAUCAUCAAGCACACCUGGUUCGUCAGUCACACCAAGUACACCACAAUCAACAAGCACACCCGUUUCAUCAAGUACUCCAGGCACUUCAACCACACCUGCAUCUUCA